AUGCCGAGAAAAAGGGAGGUGGCUGAAGUGGAGGACGUUGGGGUCGAGAUCGAUGGGGAGCUGAGUGACAGUGACGAUGGCGCCCCCCAGAGGAGAGGGAACAGAAGGCAGGCGGCCGGAAGAGGCGGCGCGAAGGGAAGAGGCCGGGGCAAGAAGCCAGCCAGCGAGGAUGAGGAGGAUGAGGAUGAGGAAGAUGAAGCUCCCAAGGGACGCAAGGGUGCGAACAAGAGGAAGCCCGCGAAGAAACGUGGAGGCCGGGACGAUGACGACGAGGACGAGAGCGAGGACGAAGCUCCCAAGAGGAAACGAGGAGGAGGAGCGGCGGCGGCCAAGAAGAAAAAAGGAGGCAAAGCUCAGGACAGUGAUGAGGACAGCGAUGAGGGAAAAGGGAAGAAGGGAGGCAGGAAGGGAGGAGGAAGGAAAGGAGGGAAGGAGGAGGAGGACAAGAAGGGUAAGAAGGGGGACGCCAAGGGGAAGGACAAAGGAAAGGACAAAGGAAAGGACAAGGGGAAGGACAAGGAUGAUGACAAGGACAAGAAGAAGAAGAAGAAGAAAAAGAACGACAGUUCGUCCGACUCCGGCUCGGACUCCGACGAGGAGGAGUCCAUGUCGGAGGGCGAGAUGGCCCGUCUGAUGGAGGAGGUGGAGGAGAAGAAGAAGCUCAUCGCCACCAUCAGGAACAAGCCGUGGCGGAUGAAGCGGAGGCUCACGCACCUCAGGGAGGCUCAAGAGUUUGUGGAUAAGUUCGAAGGCGCGUUGGGCAAAGGCAAAGGCCGGAAGUGGUACGCCUACAAAGUCAUGAUGACGAAGAAAUGGAUCAAGUUCCAAAGGGAUUUUGAGAAUUUCCGAACGGCCUGUAUCCCCUGGGAGAGGAAGAUCAAGGACGUGGAGAGUCACUUCGGCUCGUCCGUGGCGUCGUACUUCAUCUUCCUGCGCUGGAUGUACGGCAUGAACCUCGUCCUGUUCGGGUUCACCUUCGGACUGGUGGUCAUCCCCGAGGUUCUGAUGGGUCUCCCCUACGGCUCGAUUCCCAGGAAAACUGUUCCCAGAGCGGAGCAGCCCACGGCGCAGGACUACUCCGUCCUCACGGACUUCAACGGCUUCUGCAAAUAUUCCGUCCUGUUCUACGGAUACUACAACGACCAGAGGACCAUCGGCCUGCUGAAGUUCCGGCUGCCUCUGUCCUACCUCAUGGUCGGGAUCGGCAGCUUCGGCUACAGCCUGAUGGUCGUCAUCCGCACAAUGGCCAAGAACGCCGACGUCGGCGGCGGCGACGGCGACGAGGGCGAGUUCACGUUCGCCUGGAAGAUGUUCACCAGCUGGGAUUACCUCAUUGGCAACGCAGAGACGGCCGACAACAAGUACGCCUCCAUCACCACCAGCUUCAAGGAGUCCAUCGUGGACGAGCAGGAGAACCAGAAGGACGAGAACAUCCACCUGCGGCGCUUCCUCCGCGUGCUGGCCAACGUCAUGAUCCUCUGCAGCCUCGGCGGCAGCGGCUACCUCAUCUACUUCGUGGUGAAGCGGUCGCAGGAGUUCGCCAACAGGGACGACCUCAGCUGGUACGAGAAGAACGAGUUGGAGCUCAUCAUGUCUCUGCUGGGUCUCGUGUGUCCACCGCUGUUCGAGACCAUCGCCGAGCUGGAGGACUACCAUCCUCGGAUCGCCCUCAAGUGGCAGCUGGGUCGCAUCUUCGCCCUCUUCCUGGGAAACCUCUACACCUUCCUGUUCGCCCUGUUCGACGAGGUCAACAACAAGCUGGUGGAGGAGCAGUCCAUUAAGAACGCCUCCAUCUGGGCCAUGAAGGAAUACUACGCCAACUUCACCCGCCUGUCCAACGACUCCGAGGCCACGCCUCCCCCCAUGGACCCCUCCGAUGUCAUCAGGGGACCCUGCUGGGAAACGGCUGUCGGCAUAGAGUUUGUGAAGCUCACCGUGUCCGACAUCCAGGUGACCUACCUGACCAUCCUGAUCGGAGACUUCGCCCGAGCCGUCAUCGUCCGCUUCCUCAACUACUGCUGGUGCUGGGACCUGGAGGCCGGAUUUCCGUCGUAUGGAGAGUUCGACAUCAGUGGAAAUGUUCUGGGAUUAGUUUUCAACCAAGGGAUGAUCUGGAUGGGCGCGUUCUACGCCCCCGGGCUGGUGGGCAUCAACGUGCUCCGCCUCCUCAGCUCCAUGUACUACCAGUGUUGGGCGGUGAUGGCCACCAACGUGCCCCACGAGCGCGUCUUCAAGGCCUCCAAGUCCAACAACUUCUACAUGGGCCUGCUGCUCCUCAUCCUCUUCCUCAGUCUGCUGCCGGUCGUCUACACCAUCAUGACCCUGCCGCCGUCGUACGACUGCGGACCCUUCAGUGGGAGGGCGAAGAUGUUCGACGUGAUCAUGGAGACCAUCGACCUGGACCUGCCGGCCUUCAUGGGGACGCUCUUCAGCUACGCGGCCAACCCGGGCCUCAUCAUCCCGGCUGUGCUGCUCAUGGUACUGGCCAUCUACUAUCUGAACUCGGUGUCCGAGGCCUACCAGAACUCCAACAUGGAGCUGAAGAAGAAGAUGCAGAUGGCUCGGGACGAGGAGAAGAAUCGGAGGAACAACACCGACAGCACCAACCAGGUGAUGAAGGACCUGGAGGACCUGCUGCCCAACCGCUCCCUCGCCCCCCCGGCUCCUCCGCCCGAGCCUGAAAAGGCGCCGGAGCCCGAGGCGAGGCCGACCAAGACCAAACCCGGCAAAGGCGUGAACCUGCAGAAAGACGUGGCCCUGGCGUCGCCCAACCCCAACGCUCAGAGGCCGGUGGUGAGUCGGCCUCCGGGGCCGAGGGGAGCGGGGCCGGGCCGGGGCCGGGGCCGGGGCCGCGGCAGAGGAGGGGCCCCUCCCAGUUAACUGAGUCUGAGGGGAAAUCAACAACAAAACCAUCUCUCUUUGCAAGUUUCUGUUUCUGCCACACACAGUUUCUCCCUCAUUUUAACUUUGAGCGCGUCAAGAUCAGGAGACAAAGAUCUCCGGUGUCCAGACGCUGAACGGAGGAGGAGGAGGACACAGGAUCUCCAACAUCUCAAAUAAGGUCAAAUCAAAGUGUAAUUCUGCUCCGCUCUGAUGAUUCUGAACAUAUCGCUGCGGCAUCUCAUCCAUCUGUCUGUAUAUUUCAUGUCAACACGGUGUGUGUUCGUGUCUGAGUUUGUUUCCUCUUACGUUGACAGUGACUUUGUGUUUCGUGCGUACAAUCUGACUUUGCAGUAAAGUUGAAGAUCUUUUACUAACACAUUUGCAGCUGCUCUUGUUUAAACCCUUUGACUUUGGGUUUUAUUUGAUCCUUUUUUCCACUUCAGCUCAUUCUUCGUCAGCAGCUGUUGCUCGUCUAAACCGGGCACCUGAUCACAUUUAGCCCCGGUGCAACUCCAGACCGCGGCCCCGGUCCGGAUCGACCUCAACCAUGGUUCGGUUCGUUGGCAGCGUGAAAAAAUGUUCUUUACAUAGAAGAAGGGGGAAAAGAAGACGUGUAGAAAGGAGCACCCGUGGGAGAGGUGGAGACGGAAUAUUUCAUUUCAAUUUUGUCCAAGGAAAACAAUAAAAAGUUAAUAAAAAGGCCAUAACCUAUGUUCUGAGAGGAUGUGAUCCACACUUUCAAGUGUGAAAACGCUUUUAGAAUCCUUGAAAAAGUUUUAAAUCGUGACUAUCGAUGUGAAUGAAAUCGGUUGAGUUUCCUAUCAACAGCCCAGGAAAAAAAAAAAAAAAAGUGGAACAUCAGGUUCAGUCAUGUAAUUGUGCAAAGAGGAAAACGGAAAAAAACCCAAUGAGAUGUCGUGUCAUGUCAGUGAUUUAGUGGGUUUCGAAACUACAGUCACCUUCAUCUGAGUUUACUUUAUCACCGCAAGAAUAUAAUACGUUUGUAUUAUAUUGCAUGUAUUGUAUUGUAUUG